AUGCAAUUGGAAAAUCAAGAGAACGAUGAAAUCACUCCAUCGAAAGAAGACGACAGUAAAGAAAAUGCAAUACAAGAUCAUUACAUCAUUGAUCCAGAAUUACUGAAACUUUUACAGAGAGAAUUAGACUUGGAAACUGUAGAUAAUGAAUCUGACCCUCAGAAACGAAUGGUUUACGAAGAAGUGUACGCGAAAUCAAUCACUAACCGUAGAUCUUCGGCAGUUACCGAUGAAAUCAAAUCACUCCGGCGAGAGCUACGUUUGAAUUCGUUGAUCACGAAUACCGAAUCAUUAUUCACUUUACCACGUACUUUCACUCGACGUAGUGCCAGAUUUGAGCUUCCAAUGAGUAAAAGUAGCUUAUCAGAACUGACAUCUUUAGAUUAUUUAAAGUUACAUGUUUACAUAACGAACAAAAGUCAUCUCAUUUACAACGAAGUAUUCAAAAUACACAUAGAUCCAGAACUAAAUGAAACAAGGUUACUACCAAGUUCGAAAAUCAUCACAGCUUUGGAACAAGUAAUGGGUCGAAGUUUUACCCAAAUUGAACAACAAGAAGUAUCCGAAUUGAUCGAUUUAAAAGAAAAAUCACACGUUGAUUUCCGAACGUGGUGUGGAAUAUGUGCAAUGUGUGAGAGACUUUUAGCUGUCAAUUUCGCUCAAAAAUACUUAUCCACAGAAGAAGAUCCGUGUCACGAGGUAGAACUGGUUGAUUUCAGUUUACUCGACAAGAGAUUAAAAAACAUCAACGUCGAUCCUCGAUUAGAUAAAAUGUUGCGAAAAAUUCGAGAUACUUAAUAAAUCUUGCUGACUUUA